AACGAGCUCACGGGGAUGUCGGCCGUUUCAAUCUCCGCCGUCAAAUCUGAUUUUUCCACCGUCGAGGCCAUAGCCGUUACACACCAUCGGACGCCGCCGCCACAUUUUCCUUCGCUCCGGUUUCCACUAUCUCUCAAGUCCCCGCCGGCUACUUCUCUUAACCUUGACGGUGGAUCAAAACUCCUCCACGUCUCGCGUCUUCCUUCUAUCAAAUGCUCAUAUACUCCGUCGUUAGAUUUAUCGGAGGAACAGUUUACAAAAUUCAAACAAGCAUCGGAAAAGGGAAACUUAGUUCCUCUGUACCGAUGUGUAUUCUCGGAUCAUUUGACUCCGAUACUUGCUUACCGAUGUUUGGUGAAAGAAGACGAUAGAGAUGCUCCUAGCUUCUUGUUUGAGUCAGUGGAGCCUGGUUUGCAAUCCUCAAACAUCGGGAGGUUUAGUGUAGUUGGAGCUCAGCCUACAAUAGAAAUUGUGGCAAAAGGAAAUGUAGUUACUGUGAUGGACCAUGGAGCUGGUCUUAGGACAGAGGAGGAAGUGGAAGAUCCAAUGAUGGUUCCUCAGAAAAUCAUGGAUGAAUGGAAGCCACAACGCAUUGAUGAAUUGCCUGAAGCUUUCUGCGGUGGGUGGGUUGGAUACUUCUCAUAUGAUACUGUACGUUAUGUUGAGAAGAAGAAGCUGCCAUUUUCGAAUGCUCCAGAGGAUGAUAGGAGUCUUCCUGAUGUUCAUUUGGGUCUUUAUGAUGAUGUGAUCGUGUUUGAUCAUGUCGAGAAGAAAGCAUAUGUGAUCCACUGGGUGCGGAUAGAUAAGGAUCGUUCUGUUGAAGAUAAUUUUACUGAUGGAAUGAAUCGGUUGGAAUCUCUAACCUCUAGAAUUCAAGACCAAAAACCCCCCAAGAUGCCUACUGGUUUCAUAAAACUACGCACUCAGCUCUUCGGUCCUAAAUUGGAGAAAUCAACUAUGACGAGUGAGGCGUACAAGGAGGCAGUGGUGGAAGCCAAAGAACAUAUCUUGGCUGGGGACAUCUUUCAGAUAGUUCUUAGUCAGAGAUUUGAAAGGCGGACAUUUGCGGACCCAUUUGAGAUAUAUAGAGCUCUUAGGAUUGUAAAUCCAAGUCCGUACAUGGCCUAUUUACAGGCUAGAGGAUGCAUAUUAGUUGCUUCAAGUCCAGAAAUAUUGUUACGUUCAAAAAAUAGGAAAAUUACCAAUCGCCCCCUUGCUGGAACUGUCAGAAGAGGGAAGACACCCAAAGAAGAUCUAAUGCUCGAAAAAGAGCUCUUAAGCGAUGAAAAACAAUGCGCAGAGCAUAUUAUGCUUGUUGAUUUGGGAAGGAACGAUGUUGGCAAGGUUUCAAAGCCCGGUUCUGUGGAGGUUGAGAAGCUCAUGAAUAUAGAACGGUAUUCACAUGUCAUGCACAUUAGCUCCACGGUGAAAGGCGAAUUACUAGAUAAUCUAACAAGCUGGGACGCUCUUAGAGCUGCACUUCCAGUUGGAACCGUCAGUGGAGCCCCAAAGGUAAAAGCCAUGGAGCUGAUAGAUGAACUUGAAGUAACAAGGCGUGGUCCUUACAGUGGAGGCUUUGGAGGCAUAUCAUUUAACGGAGACAUGGACAUUGCUUUGGCUCUCAGAACAAUGGUCUUCCCAACAAAUACCCGUUAUGACACAUUGUACUCUUACAAGCAUCCUCAGAGACGUCGAGAAUGGAUUGCUCAUAUUCAAGCUGGAGCUGGGGUUGUUGCUGACAGUAACCCUGAUGAUGAACACAGAGAGUGUGAGAACAAAGCAGCAGCUCUAGCCCGAGCCAUUGAUCUUGCUGAGUCCUCCUUUCUUGAGACACCUGAGGUUACUACUAUCACACCUCACAUCAACAAUAUUUGAGCAUAAGCUUUCUUGUUUUCUUUACUUUUGGUUCCAGUAUUACUCACUCAGAUAGCUGUUUGAUUUGUGAGAUUGACUCUUUUUGAGUAUUAGAAUUUAGGACUUGUGUCCGAGGUUUGAGGUCUG